UUACUUUCACGCACAUCACUCAAAGUUUUUUGCUAUAUCCGUCGCUCGCUUGGAAAAAAGGUUCGAAAUAAAGGCCCGAAGAUGUCAGAAGACUCGUGGGCGGUUGCUGUCGAAGUCCAAGAAGCCACAACUGUGCCCUCACAGUUGGACUUCCUAAAGAAAAAGGGCCGACUGGGUGGUCCACGAAACAUGAGAGCAGAUAUAAAUGGAAACAUCGUACCAAGGAGGUCUGAAAAUGUAAACAGGACAUGUGGAGGAGAAGAGGGGGACAAACUGGGCCAUGCAGACUGCAGAGCAGAAGGAGAUAAUGCCAAGAUUGACCUGGCUGAACAAUCUCUAUUGAAUAAACUGAUUCGACACACUCUGGUGAAGAACAGAAACCAGGUGGAGGUUCUACAAAAGGACCCCACCUCUCCUCUGUAUUCUGUAAAGACAUUUGAGGAGCUGAGAUUGAAACCUGAACUCCUGAGGGGAGUGUACAACAUGGGUUUCAACAGACCAUCCAGGAUCCAGGAGAAUGCUUUGCCCAUGAUGUUGGCUCAGCCUCCUCAGAAUCUGAUUGCCCAGUCACAGUCUGGCACGGGUAAAACUGCAGCUUUCUCUCUGGCCAUGCUCAGCCAUGUAAACCCUGCCAAUAAGUGGACUCAGUGCCUUUGCAUCUCUCCAACAUAUGAGCUCGCUCUGCAAAUUGGUCAAGUAAUAGAGCAGAUGGGGAAAUUCUAUCCUGAGGUGAAACUGGCAUAUGCCAUUCGGGGAAACAAAUUGGAGCGAGGGAAAAAGUUGCAGGAGCAGAUUGUCAUUGGAACACCAGGCACAGUCCUGGACUGGUGUACAAAGUUCAAGAUAAUCGACCCCAAGAAGAUUUCUGUGUUUGUGCUGGAUGAGGCUGACGUGAUGAUUGCAACACAGGGUCAUCACGACCAAAGCAUCCGUAUCCAUAGAAUGCUGUCAAAGGACUGUCAGAUGCUCCUGUUCUCUGCAACCUUUGAGGAGUCUGUGUGGAAGUUUGCAGAGCGUGUGGUCCCUGACCCCAAUAUCAUCAGACUGAAGCGUGAAGAGGAGACGCUAGACACCAUCAAGCAAUUCUUUGUGGUCUGUAGAGAGAGGGAGGACAAAUUCACUGCACUCUGUAAUCUCUAUGGAUGUCUUACCAUUGCACAGGCAAUGGUUUUCUGCCAUACUCGCAAGAUGGCUGCUUGGUUGAGUGCAGAGCUGGCCAAAGAGGGCCACCAGGUGGCUCUGCUAAGUGGGGAGAUGACUGUGGAACAGAGAGCUGCUGUCAUUGAAAGGUUUAGGAGCGGCAAAGAAAAGGUCCUUGUGACAACAAAUGUGUGCUCCAGAGGCAUCGAUGUUGAACAAGUAUCUAUCGUGAUCAACUUUGACCUUCCAAUGGACAUGGGCGGGAAUGCUGACAGUGAAACAUACCUGCAUCGGAUUGGCCGCACAGGACGCUUUGGAAAAAGGGGAUUUGCGGUGAACUUGGUGGAUGGCCAACACAGCAUGGAUCUCCUUACCCAAAUUGAGAUGCAUUUUAAGAGGAAGAUUACAAAACUAGACACUGAAAACUUGGAGGAAAUGGAGAAAUUGUUGAGCUGAAUGCUUUUUAAUAUGCACUACCUAUUACUGAGACAGAUGGACUUUGUACCUCAAAUUUGACUUAAGUUCUUUUAAAGGGUUUAUUGUUUCUAGACAUUUUCCUUAUCGCACUAAUUGCAUGUUUAAGACUUGGAUUUAAUUUUAUGGGACUGUAAGUCUUUAUAAUGGGUCUCCUUGAGACUAAACUAACUAGCUGUUAAAACGGCAUUAAGAGUGGUGGUAAUAGCACUCCUGUUGAUAGUUUGCAGUGCUUGAUUUCUUGAAGUGGAGUGAACACUAUCCUAGAAUGGGUGGGAUAUCUGAUGUCUCAUCCAUAGAUGUUUGCAUGGUAUGAGUUCAGAUUUUCCAAACCCUUAAUUGACUUGAAUCUAUUACAGGUUAAAGUCCCUUCUGUAUUUCAGCUUAUUGGUAGUGGACUGUUGGGCUCCCUGUUACUCAGUUUGGUGUUCAAAUAUCAGACCAUACCAGUUAAAAGUUUUGUUUAGGAAAAAAGGACAUUGGCAUAAAAAAAAAAGUUUGUUGUAUUGGAAAUGCUGUACGACAGCUUCUUCUUUGGUUUUGCGUUUGAUCAAGUAAGAUGAAGCAACAAUGGAGUUGUUGAAACAGUUGUCUCAGCUUUAUUCAACUUGAUUGUUAAAAAUACAUUUUCAAUACCUGUAACUGUCAUCCUGCAAUCCUUGUAUUCUCUGCACUUUAUAGUGUGAUUGUAUGGUGUUAAAAUAAAUAUUUCAGAGUAA